UGGCUAUACGGAGGAAGCGGCGCUAGCAUAUCAAGCAAAACAAAAGCGAUUCAACAAAACAAUGCGACUAAACUGAUCAGAUGGUUUGCUGACGAUGUCCUCCUUCCCGUCCUCCUCCUCCAAGAGUCUGUCCUCCACGCCUCUGAAGAGCAGAGCCAGCGUCCUGCAGCGCAGCAGGAGCCUGGAGUCCAGUAGCGGCUCCACCUCCUCUCUGAUCUCUCCCAUCUAUCAUGACAGCUUUGAGCAUUCGGAGGAUGAACCAGAAGAUCACUUUCAGCCCAUUCGAAACAUCACCGUCACGCUGAAUGAAGACGCAGCGCCGCUUUCUCCAUCCAGGCAUGAAGUGGACGCUACUGGCCUGGACGCCAGACUUUCCUCCAGUCAGAUGAAAUUGAACGCCUGGGAGCAGUGGAUUGUGGGUAAAGCCAAAGAAGAGCGCGUCCGAAAGCAGCAGAAAGCUGUGGAGGAGCUCACGCUGAAGGAUAAAGAGAAGGAGAAGGAAAAAGAAGAGCAGAAGAAGAAAAUUACCAGUGAUUGCAAAAUUCAAGAGUGGCUGCAAAUGAAACGAGAACAGGAAAAGAAAGACAAGCAGUGCAAAGAGUCUAUGAAGAGCGAGAAACAGCUUGAAGAAGAGCAAAAGCGAACGGAGAUUGAGAGGAAAGCUCAGGAGAAAUAUAAAGAGUGGCUGCGGAAGAAGAAGCAGGAGGAAACUGAGAGAAAGCUGAGAGAGAAGGAAGAAGCAGAGAGAAGACAAGCUGAAGAGCGGGAGAGAAAAGAAAAGGCGGAGGAAAGCUUUAAAGAAUGGCUUGAUGGAGUGAAAAGCAAACAGAAAGUGAGCCGACAGUCUUCAGCGUGCUCAGCCGGCAGCUAUAACAAUGUGAACUAUCCGUCUCCGAGUUUCGUCAACCCCGUUCCCUGGAAACCCAUUCAUGUCCCACAGCAGGGGCCGUCGGCCCGCAAGAGUGUGGCCCAGAGGAGAAAAACAGGACCAGCCAAAAGCCAAUCCAGCUACUGCUUCACAUACAGGCCUAAAGACACCAUCAGUUUCGCCUGUAAGAGACGCUGACGCCGCCCUCUGCUGGUCUCAUGACUGACGUUUAUUAACACUUCCAGCAGUUUUAUCAAGCAAGUAUUGGAUAUUUUUUAUAGAUCUGUGUUUCUGCAGGUCACAGAUUCCUCAAUUAUGAGUUUGACUUUGACAUUUUGGUUGAAUGUUUGCUAAAUAUGAAAGCAGAUGAUUUUAAUACUCCAAAUAAAAGAUUUUUGUAAAUGUAA